CUUUACUCGCAGGCGGAAAUGAGCGCGCAGAACAGGCUGUUGAUUAAGAACGGCAAGGUGGUGAACGACGAUGGGAUCACGGACAACGACGUCUACAUCGAAGACGGUAUCAUUAAGCAAAUGGGCCGCAAUCUGAUAAUACCGGGCGGCACGAGAACCAUCGACGCCCGUGGGAAGUACGUGAUGCCUGGCGGCAUAGAUCCGCACACUCAUUUCGAAGUGGAGCUAAUGGGCGCCAAAUCGGUCGACGAUUUCUACCAGGGGACGAAAGCGGCGGUCGCCGGUGGCACGACGAUGAUCAUCGACUUUGUCAUCCCCAGGAAGGACGAGUCCCUUUUGGAAGCGUACGAGAGAUACCGGGAGUCCGCCGACCAGAAAGUCUGCUGCGAUUAUUCGCUCCACGUCGCUGUCACGUCUUGGAGUCCAAAAGUGAAAGAGGAGAUGGCCACGUUGGUGAAGGAGCACGGUAUCGGUAGCUUCAAAAUGUUCAUGGCUUAUCACGACAUGUUCAUGCUGAGGGACCCGGAAUUGAUCGAGACGUUCAAAGCGUGCAAGGAACUCGGCGCGAUCGCCAUGGUUCACGCGGAAAAUGGCGACAUUAUUGCGGAGAACACGAAGCGGCUGCUCGAUGCAGGAGUCACGGGGCCGGAAGGUCACGAAAUGUCUCGACCGGAGGAAGUGGAAGCGGAGGCUGUGAAUAGAGCGUGCGUUAUAGCUAGUCAGGUGAAUUGUCCGCUGUACGUAACGGCAGUAUCAAGCAAGUCCGCCGCUGACGUUGUGUCCUCGAAAAGGUCGGAUGGUGUCGUCCUGUUCGGGGAGACUCUCGCAAGUACCGUGGGUAUCGAUGGUAGCGAACAGUACGGGAAAGAUAUCGAGAAAGGGAGGCGUUAUGUCACUAGUCCACCAUUGAGACCCGAUUCAACCACACCUACGUAUCUAAUCGAACAUCUGGCGCAAGAUGGCCUCCAAGUUACUGGCAGCGACAAUUGCACGUUCAACGCCGAGCAGAAGGCACUGGGCAAGGAUGACUUCUCGAAGAUCCCUAACGGCGUGAACGGCGUUGAAGAUCGGAUGUCGGUGGUUUGGGAGAAGGGGGUCCACGCAGGUAUAAUGGACCCGACGAGGUUCGUCGCAGUGACCAGUACCAACGCCGCCAAGAUCUUCAACUUGUAUCCGCGAAAGGGAGUGAUAGCGGUCGGCUCAGACGCCGAUAUUGUCGUCUGGGACCCCAACAGGAAGCGUACGAUUUCCGCUCAGACGCACGUCCAGGCCGUUGACUUCAACAUCUUCGAGGGUAUGGAGGUUCACGGAGUACCGGAGUACGUUAUAGUCGAGGGCCGUGUCUGCGUGGACGAGUGCGAGCUGAAGGCUGUUCACGGAUUUGGAAAGUUUGUCGAGACACCGAGCCACAACAUUGAUUACGUCUACUGUCUGAUAGAAGACAGAGAAAAGAGACCACGCGGAGUGGCGCGAACGGAAGCCGAGGCGAAGAAACACGCCGAGGAGGACGCUGCCAUUGCGAAAGCCAAAGAGGAAGCGAGAGCGGCGGCUCUCGCGAAGAGUCGCCAGACGAACGGCACUUACGAGAGCCCGAAACCGAAGAUUUCGAUGCCCGAUUGCAUGCCGACAUUGCCAGAUUCCGCGGUCAUCACGCCGUCGUCGAAAGGUCCGCGAAUGGAGGGACAGAGAAACCUGCAGGACUCCACUUUCUCCAUCAGCGAGGACGUCGAGGAAGCAAGAAGAGCUUGCAUCCGCGUGAACAAUCCACCCGGUGGUCGCAGCGCAGGAGGCUUUUGGUAAUUUAUGAGAGACAGAGUCUCAAGGUCUGCUUUGCAUAUAGGGAUUUACCCUUACAGAGAAACUAGGGGCGAAAAUCCUUCUUCUUUCAUUCUAUUCACGUACACGAAAACACAGCUCCAUUCUAUUUUCUUCUCCCCCCCCCCCCCCAUUUGUCGUUCUUACGUCAGAGUUUUUCUGUUUCCAUCAGACCCGCUUUCAGGUUCGCUAUUCACUUAACAAUUAACGAUAAGUUUCGUUUUCAAUUGAUACAUAUAUAUAUAUACGUUCUGAAUCGAUCAAGGUCUGUUCCAUCAAAGGAGGACUCGGAUGCCAUCGGUCAGUAGAGUUCAUAUUUUCAUGCAUCGCACUAUCUUUCGCUUCAUUAUCGCUUCAUUAUUGCCCGCUCUCUCUCUCUCUUUCUCUCUCUGUGUGUACUUGUAUGCUUCAAUCUUUGACCUUGGAUCGUUCACGCGUUUUCCGUGUCGUUCGCACUUGGACUCGCAUUCGUCGACUUCACCCCUCAUGUGCAAUACAACAUUAUCAUUUAUUUAUCCGAGUUUGAGUUUUUUAAUCGACCGAAGGUUCACUCUGCCGUCCCGUCUCCGGCACCUUUGUCGGCAGUUUUGCCAGCUCAUCUCGUUUGUUUGUAAUAACAACUGUGUGCUGUUUCAUUACGUAGUGCACGGAAUAACGGAAUUACGUGCCGGUUUAACGGCACACGUGUGCUCGUCGAAUUUAUGUACGUUUUCACAGCGACACGCGAGAAUUGGAAAUUACUCUUCCUACUCUCUUCUCGGUGACUUUGUAAAAGAGGAGGAAGAUUUGCAGGAAAUCAUCUAACGUGCGUAUUUCUGACAAUUCCAAGGUCGAACUUACGAGCGACUUAUUUAUUGCGUAACUAUAUAUAUAUAUAUUAUUCCGAACAAAGAAAAGUAUUCGCAUAUUCAGAGCCAUUUUACGCAACCGGAAAUACCCUAGAUAUUUAGUAAAGUUCGUUAACGACGCGUCGUCGAUCAUUAAUGAACGAUUAUUGGCCUUCGAUUCACAAGUUGUACAUUUUACAUGGUUGUUAAUCAGUUGUUACUUUGGUUUUGUAUCGUUUACUAAUUUAUAUAUAUAUAUAUAGACAACAUCCGGUGAACAAUGAUCAUCGUCAGAUCUUCAUCAUUGACGAUGACGUGAAUCAUUACAUACCACACGUAAGGAUUGUUUCACUCUCAUGUAAUCAAGAUUACUCUGGCGCAUGCAGACUCUCACGAGCAUAAUAUAUUAAUAUUAUAUAUUUUAUAUGCUAUCGUUAGCCGUAGCCGAAUCGAAAACACCGUACCAUUAAUUUUUAAGAGUUCACUCCACGAUUAAACCACGAUUGUUCUGUUUGUCUGUCACAGUCUAGCGUUACGUUUCGGGAUAAUUAUAUUGUUAAUUAUGUAACGAGUGUAAAUAUUGAAGUACUCUUAAUUUAACGAUCCGAGAAACUUGAAGUUGUUAGUUUGCGUAAAAAAAAAGGUGAACGUGUUAUAAACUAUAUGCAGAGUUACAUUUGAACAUUCGUCGGAUAUCGAUAUACAUCGUAAUAUAAAAAAGGAAGACGAUGUCUGUAAGUUAGUAAAAAUGGUUGAGAAACGAGAAACGGAAGACGUCUUUUGAAUCUUUUCCACUGUAUUUUUACUAUAGUCGUGGAAUAUAUGUGGGUUUAGAACAGCUCGGACGAUAAAGUGAUCACCGUACUUGCGAUUGAACAUUGAAACAGGCUUUGCAAUCAAACGUUUGGCAUUAGGAGGCUCUUUCUGUUUCGAGGGAUACAGGAAUUUCAAUGUUUAACGAUGAGAGCUUGAACAUGAAAAUGCGCACAACUAUUCGUAAAUAGAUCACACAGAGACAGAGACGCUAAGAUCACAAAUUAACAACUUUGUGCCGGAGAACAGGAAUACGUUAAUGUGAUGUACUUGACAAGAACGCACACUUGUUCGCUUAUGAUUAUCGUUUACGAAAAUUCCACGUGAAAUGAGAAGUAUAUUUGUAUGAAGUCAUUUAUUACUAUUUAAUUUCAUCAGUCGAGUCGCACGUUACACAGUGAGAAAGAAAAACAUCAUUAAUACCAUAAGUCCUACAUUCCGAAUUUUAACACGUUACAAGGAUCGCUCGUCCUUUCUUUCUCUCUCUCUUUUUUUCCUUCUUUUUUUUUCUUCUUAAAGAAAACUCUGUCAAUGAAAAAGUAUUCAGUGUUACAUUUAUCAAAUCCUCGAGACACGCACGUCUACGAAAGUAAAGUUAACAAUAAUAGUAACGUUAAGGGAAAAUGAUACUAAACAAUAAUAAUCGUCGCAUAAUAAAUAUUCAUUACGUAAUUACUGUCGUGUAAAGGUGGAUGAACUCGAAAAUUUUUACGACUAUAAGAGGCUUUUCUGAGCUACUCGUAAAUGACCAAAAUGUUUGGUAUCAUUGGUAACAGUUAUAAAA